AUGCGUGUGAGCCUACUACGGGCGACGCGUGCGUUUGCGCGUCCGCGCGCACCAAACUCGUCGUCGGCUUACCUCGGCCGCACCCUCUCCGACUUUGGCGAGCGGCUACGCAGCCUGGAAGAAGAAGACCUAGGCCAGACCGAUGCGGAAUUUGUUAUGAGCAUCCUCCAGGCGUCACCGAGCAUGCGGGACUCGCGGGGCUACAUUGCGUCCUUUGCGCCGCCAACUGCGCCACCAGCCAUGGAACUGCCGGAUCCCACACCAGCCCCAGGCACCGACGCAGCGACGAACCCCCUCGUCAACAGCCUCUUGAACCCGAUUGUGCGCCGCCCGGCACUAGUCAAGAUCCAGGGCCCGUUCAAGGACCACCAGCUGGCCAGUGUCGCGCGCGGUAUCCACUCGCUCCAGAUGCUCGGGCUGGUCAGUGUGGUCGUGAUAGACCGGGACGACAUUCCACCGUUUGAGCCGCGCGAUUCCAUGGCAGCCGAGGCACAGCGUACCAUGAUCCUCCGCGACGUCGAGCGUACCGUACACUUCCUGACGAAGGCGCACGCUGGGGCUCGGCCGAUUCUCGCCACGGUCGCGCGCAUAACCGACGCUGGAGACGUGUAUGUCGAGGCGGAGGGGUUGGACCAUAUCCGCCGCGCGGUACAGGAGGGCGAGAUCCCUGUACUCCUCCCGGUCGCUCUCGACGAUGGGUGCCGCGCCCGUCGGAUCAGUGCCAACGCUGUCCUAGCAGCCCUCGCCGAGGCGAUGGCGAACGAAGCGCCCACGCCGCCCGCUGCACCAGCAACCGCGCGCCCCAAGAUGGACCUCACGCCAGCGCGCCUCCUCAUCAUAAACCGCGAGGGUGGUAUUCCAUCCUAUGCACGCGCCGGCCUCCCGCACUUGAGCAUCAACCUGAGCUCGGAGCUUGAGUUCAUCGAGCGUCAUUGGCAGCCCAACUGGGUAUACACGCACCCAACGGCGCUGUCCAACCUCGCGCUGGCCGAUACCUGUCUUGCCCACAUGCCCAAGGAUGCGAGUGCGCUGAUCGUCUCGCAUCGCUCUUCUACAGCCCUAAUCGCCAACCUCAUCACCAACAAGCCUGCACACAGCGCGAGCCUGCCACAUGCGCUUCUCACGCAGUCCGAAGGCCGCCUGAGUCCCGACACGCCAACACUCGUGCGCCGCGGUCUGCCAGUGAGCGUGCUCCGCAGCCUCGACGAGAUCGACAAACCCAAACUCGCAGCUCUGCUGAACAAGAGCUUUGGACGUGUCCUAAACGAAGAAGCGUACUGGGCCCGCCUCGACGCCGACCUCGACUUUGUCAUUGUUGUCGGCGACUAUGCUGGCGCAGCUGUGGUUACUACAGAGGGCAAGGCAGACGGACUGGACAUCUGCUAUCUCGACAAGUUUGCCGUGUUGCCGAGCCACCAGGGAGAUGGUACCGUCGACUUCCUGUGGGUCGCGCUGCGCGACGAGACAUACGGCCUCGGUCUGCUCGAUGCCGCUAACCCGUCGGUGGGCAGUUUGUCCGGUAUUGGUCGCGGCAAGGACCUCGUGUGGCGUAGCCGCUCAGACAACCCGGUUAACAAGUGGUACUUUGAGCGGUCGAAUGGUUUCAUGACCAGCCAAGACGGCAAGUGGAAGCUGUUCUGGUGCGAUGCCGAGCAACGCAUGCGCGAGAUUGCUCUCGAGAGUGGCGGCGUUGUGCGCGUCGUUGAGGAGAGCGAGCGCGGGCGCGCGACGGCGUGGGCGCCGGCCAUCGAGAGCAUCAAGUCGGUGUGGUCGGACUAG